UCUGCAUGCAUGCCGGUGACCCACGGAAGCAUCCCGGAACUUACUACAGCACGGUGCCGGUGGUGCCAUGGCCAAGCCUCCCUAUAAAUAAGCUGUUCACCAUUCGCUUUGCUCACAUCUCAGCAUCGAUCACAUCACACAUAUUCAUCGAGUUCUUUCCCGCUCUCUCAUCAGUCUCUGUAGUCAGCUUCGAGCUAGCCACACUCUGUUCUUCGACCACGACCGCAAGUCCUCUGAAAUGGCAUUCGUUUGUGCGAAGGCAGUGCUGCUUGCAGCGGUGAUGCUUGCGAGCGCCGCACAACUUUGCAUGGGCGCGAGGCGGCGCAUGGAGCUGUACCGGCCGGACCCGGCCAACAUGCUCUCCUACCACAACGGUGCCGUGCUCCACGGCGACAUUUCCGUGUCCGUCCUCUGGUACGGCGACUUCAAGCCGGCGCAGAAGGCGGUGAUCCUCGACUUCCUCCUCUCGCUCACCGCCGAGCCUCAGGCCGCAUCGCCGUCGGUCGCGCAGUGGUGGAGCACCAUCGACCAGCAGUACCUGUCCCCCGCGAGCGCCAAAUCCAACGGCGCGAGCGAGAAGACCCGUGUCCUGCUCGCGGACCAGCUCUCGGACGGCGAGUGCUCCAUGGGCAAGUCCCUCACCCUCGAGCAGAUCACCGCCCUGGCCGCGACGGCUAGCCCCAAGAAAGGCGGCGUCGCAGUGGUGUUCACGGCGCAGGACGUGACGGUGGAGGGCUUCGGCAUGGGCCGAUGCAGCCUGCACGGCUCCGACGCCAGCUCCGGCACGACCCACAUCUGGGUCGGCAACCCGGAGACGCAGUGUCCCGGCGCGUGCGCGUGGCCCUUCCAUCAGCCCGCCUAUGGCCCCCAGGACGCGCCCCUCGUGGCGCCCAAUGGCGACGUCGGGGCGGACGCCAUGGUCAUGAACUUCGCGAGCAUGCUCGCCGGCGCGGCGACCAACCCGUUCGGCGACGGGUACUACCAGGGCAGCAGUGAUGCCCCGCUGGAGGCCGCCACCGCCUGCCCAGGAGUCUUCGGCAAGGGCGCGUACCCUGGCUACGCCGGCGACCUCAGAGUGGACCAGGCCACCGGGGCGAGCUACAAUUGCAAUGGCGCGCAUGGCAGGAAGUACUUGCUUCCUGCGCUCUACGACCCUUCCAAGUCCGCUUGUGGCACUUUGGUGUAGUCACUGUAGUGCAUUCCAGCAUUAUUUUUGUUGUUCUUCUGUUCAGAAGUUAGUGUAUAUAUGUCAGAACUGAAGCAAUGUAAUUCUUUCAUCGAUGAGAUCCUCAUGUGUCGGCAAUAAUGUUGAUCAACGAAAUGGAAUCGGGUUAUUCUCAA